UUCUCCUUUCCCUUCUCUUUCCCCUCGGAACCCAACAGGCUUGGGUUCCUUCAAACCCACCCAGGCGCUGGGUUCUUUGUGAACCCAGGCAACAUGCUUGGGUUCGGUUCCUUGCGAACCCAGCGCCUGGGUUCGCAAGGAACCCAAGCGUACUGGGUUCGUGUUUGGUGCUGGGUUCGCGUCUGGGUUCGCACCGAACCCAGCAUGCCUGGGUUUGGUGGAACCCAGCACGCUUGGGUUCGGUUCCUUGCGAACCCAGGCGAACCCAAGCGUGCUGGGUUCGCGCCUGGGUUCACACCGAAACGCUUUUGCCUGGGUUCGCACCGAACCCAGCAUGCUUGGGUUCGGUUCCUUGCGAACCCAGCGCCUGGGUUCGCAAGGAACCCAAGCGUACUGGGUUCGUGUUUGGUGCUCGGUUUGCGUCUGGGUUCGCACCGAACCCAGCAUGCCUGGGUUUGGUGGAACCCAGCACGCUUGGGUUCGGUUCCUUGCGAACCCAACGCCUGGGUUCGCAAGGAACCCAAGCGUACUGGGUUCGGUGCGAACCCAGGCAAGCGUGCUGGGUUCGGUUCCUUGCAAACCCAGCACCUGGAUUCGCAAGGAACCCAAGCGGGCUGGGUUCUUCGAUUUACUGGGUUCUCGAUUUGCCAGGUUUGAUUUUUUUUUAAAAUAUUUAUGUUUAGAAGCUUGAAUUUUAUGGAUAUUUUUGGAUUGCAGCUGAUUAUUUUGCUAGUGAAUAUUUUGUUUGUGUGGGUUGUUCUCAUUGAGAAUUUGGCAAAAUUUGGUUGAGAGAAAAAAUUUGCCCAGCAGAUCAAGAACCCAGCAGAUCACUGGGUUCGAUCAAGAACCCAGCCAUCUGCUGGGUUCUUGAGAACCCAGCGAGGGUUCGAU